AUGGGCGUCCAACCUCCCCACCAGCAUCGUCGGCGUUCUCUCACUGCUCGCAUACCUUACGCUCUCCCAGAAGCGGGCGCCUCUGCCGGCGGUCGUGCGGGUGAGCUCGGUUUGCAGCUCGGUUGGCGUGCAGCGGGCGGCGGAGAUGUCGGAGGAGGUGAGAAUGGGGAACUUCGCGUGGUGAUGGUGGUGAUGAUGUGCAUGAAGGUCGAGGCCUUGCUUGUCAGGAAUGUGAUUGCUGCCGGGGCCUGGUACGCGGCGCUGACGAAGCGGGUAAAGUUACUCGGUUAUUUGAGUCGCGACGGUGACGAUACCGGCGAUGGAGGCGGUGAAUUCUAUGUUUUUCUGGGAUGGGGAGUUGGGAUGGGGUGGGGGCUCUACCUCUCUAAGGUAGAAGCGUAUGGGUGGCUCCUAUUCCCGUCUGUGCAGGACAUCAGUAGUGAUGCUAAGCUGUCUGAAACCGAUGUGUGUCCAUCCCCGACCCCGCUUAAGUACCACAUCCUUAAACCCCAAAACCUCGACUGGAAACAACCGACCAUAUUAAGGCUGCCAACUGUCGUCAUUUUGCAGAUGCCUGGGCGGAUAUGA